AUGCUCCUGGUGCCCUUAAAAAGCGAGUCGAGCGUCAGAGUCGCUGCUUUCUGCGUCCUUUUCGUCUCCGCGUUUCUCGCAUUUGACUCUUUGGUCUCUGAUUGGACGCGGAAAUUCGUGUUCGCGAUCCGGAGAUCCACUGAUCCCAGGAUUGAGCCCAAAACGGGCAUCCACGUGCUUCGCAACAGUGAAGAGUGCGGGGUUUCGUCGACCCCUUGGACGAAACACGUGAUCCCACAGUCAGCCUUGUCCAAACAAGUGCCUUAUCCCAUCAACGCCGGAAGAAACAUCGCUAUCGAAGGCGCUACGACCAUGUAUAUACUUCCCUCGGAUGUGAAACUGGUUCCAGGGCCUCGUUUCCUGUCUCACAAGUUUCUGCGAAUGAUUCGCGAAAGACGAGACCUGAAAUUGGAGGAGCGUGCUGACGUGGCAUUUGCGUUGCACUUGUUCGAGGUCGACGAUAAAACAGGUGACUUCCCGAUGCCCGACAAGAGGAUUCUCAUGGAAAACAUUCGAACUCGAAGGGCAUUCAGAUUUCAUAUCAAGGUUAGAUUUCCAACGUGAUCCAUGGAUCAUAGUCCCUUAUAUUAUCAUGAAAUUCCUCAUUAGUGUGUAUAGAC